CAACAGCUGAGUACACUGUGUCAACCACAGGCACUCACAUUCUAAGCUUGUUUUCUCACACUGCGUUGGAGAUUUACCGUACAAGACAAGCAUUCACUUAACUCUAGUGGGAGAUUAAACAAUGGCAACAGAAGGAUGUUUGAUGAUGGUCUUUAUCUGGUCUUUGGCAGCAACAACUGCAACAAAGUGUGAACAACAACACAAGAUGACCAAUGCAACGUCUGGACAUGAUAAGACACUGACCUGCAACACCACCUGUACUCUGACUGACCGUGUCUUUAUCUGGUUCAAGAAUGGACGUCUCAUCAUUGACCGAAAGAUCCAAAAUAACUCCCUGUAUCUAGUGUCAAACAGCGGUGAAGAUGCAGGCGAACAUUACAGUUAUGUAAAAGACGGAAAUGAGGAACUCUGCUGUCCUGUAUUGUCUGUGUGGGAACUGACAUCUGGGAUUAUGGGAGUUGUAGGAAUCAUAGUGGUUCUGAUUCUUGGGGUUUUUCUUCCUGGCUUUCUAUGGUUCAGGAAGAAGUCCUCCAAAUCCACAUUUGACACAAGAGACAAAGCAGUGAUCGGACAGGAUGAGCCUAGUCCUGUGUUUGACAAUGUCUCAAGCCAGGCCUUGACACCUCCCACACCACAGACAGUGGACUCAGGCCAUCAGGUUGAUGUUCACUAUGCCAGCAUCCAGUUCUCUAGCUCCAGAAACCAGGAUGUGCCUCUGUACUCGACUGCCCAACUGACUCAACUGCAAAUUCAGGAAGAAGAAGUCCAUUAUGAUGCUGUGAAAUUCAACUGCCCGGAUACUUCCACUUUAUGAAACCAGAUGUUGUGAGGAUGUGCUGCUUGGUUGAAAUGCUGAAACGUUAAAUUUGUGUCAUUAAAUAUGGCAUUAAGCAUGUCCUUUUGCAAUGUUGAAAUGAGAGAUGAAAAUAAAUCAGAUACAAUUUAAAUGUG